AUGCAGGAAUCGAGAGACAAGUUGAAAGAUACUCUUAAAGAUGAUCCUAUGGACCUAAUCCAGAGGAACUAUGUAGUGCUCAUUGAACAUCUAGAUUCAGAACAAGCCGUCGACAGACUCUUCCAGAAUUUUACCCUGACGCCUGGUGAAACCGAAGACAUGCUGCAUGUGGACGGCGCUCAAAGAAAAGCCAAGAUGUUGGUGACUAAAUUACGAACCAAAUCCAGAGCACAGAUUCACCAGUUUAUUGAUAUCAUUAAAGAAAUUCAACCUUAUCUUUAUAAUAUUAUUUUAUCUAAUUCACUGCAUGCAGUUGGGCCUCAUUUUGGAUGGCUGGAUAAUAAUGAUCAAGAUUGUGAACCUUGUCUAGAACAAUCCAAGAAAACACUGGCCACAGAUUGGUGUUAUCAAUGUUGUGAAGCAAUGUGCCUGGCCUGUGCAAUUGUUCAUAAAAGUAUGAAGCUUUUGAGACACCACUCUCUGAAAAAACUUUCGGACCUUAAAGUUCCAGCGAAAGAAGGGGUGCCAACCAAUCCAAAUGCCUUAGAUAAUGGACGACAGUCGAGUAAUGAUCUUUUACAGUUAAUUUCGGGACAAAAUAUUCCCUUGUCCAUCAACGGGGAUAAGGAGAGCACUGCUGGAGCUACAGAUGUAGCACACUUGACCAUAAACGGCAUGUCUGUUAUGUUGGUAACCGAUUGGCAUAACGAAGCAGUCAAAUCGUUCACAGAAAUGGGUUCCAAAACCAGAUGUAAGCGUCUUAAGAUGCCUGGCUGUCCGUUUCGUAUAGCUAAAGUAUCAUCAUAUCAAGUAGCUGUUACAAUGUCCACGAGUUGUUUGAUUUUUAUCAUAAAAGUUGGCAUCGGCGUCCUGGAGAUCGAAACCAAAAUAAAGGCCCCUCAUCUUUAUGACGGAAUUUGUUAUUUGGGAUCCGGAAAGUUUGCAGUUAGUGGUUCAUCUUUGGAUAUCAUUGAUACUUCAGGAACAGUUUUAUCUACCAUUGAUGGACACCCCGGUGUCGAGCGGCUUUUCAGCAAUCCAGAUUACCUAACAGCGACACCUGACGGCAAUAUAGUGGUUUCGGAUAUCCAAAAUUGCAGGGUCGUGUGUAUAACCCAAACAGGUCAAAUUAAAUGGAUAUAUCAGUCAAACACGGAUCCCAAACUAGAAUGCCCUCAUGGAGUUUACGGUGACAAGAAUGGGAAAAUUCUCGUAUGCGAUUGGGACUUGCACACCAUUACCAUGUUGACUUCCGGUGGUAAAUUUAAGCAAAUAUUAGCUGGUGCUAGCAAUAGGGUGUAUCGUCCAAGAGCUGUAUGCAUGGACGAAAAAUGUGAACGUUUAUUUGUGAUACAAGACGGGAUUUUUGCAAGAUCAUUUAAAAUCACCGUAAAAUCAUAG